GGCGAUGACAUACGCGAGAAGAUCAUGAAGCAGGAGAUACCGUAUUGCGAACAUUGCAAUGACAACACAUCGUUCAUGAAGCCAGACAUUGUGUUCUUUGGCGAGAGUCUGCCCGACGUUUUUGACCAAUGCAUUGCCAAUGAUAAGGAUAAGGUGGACUUGCUCAUUGUGAUGGGCUCCUCGCUCAAGGUCCAACCAGUGGCGCUCAUACCCGAGAUCCUCAAUGCCAACAUACCCCAAAUACUUGUCAAUCGCGAACUAGUAGGCCAGCCACACCAAUUCGACUAUGCCUAUCUUGGUGACUGUGAUGACUUUGUCCGCGACCUCGAGAAUAAACUUGGAUGGUAA